GGACGUGAAAAAGAACAGCUAAUGGUCUUGGACAGAAAAUUGGACUCUUCUGCAAGUGAAAAACAAUAGAAGGCAAGUAAAGAUGUUCGGAACGAGCUAUACGUUCAUAUUGUGCAUUGCGUUUCUGAAUGCAAUAUCAGCAAGGAACGCGUUAAAAAUGGAGUUAUUUCCAUUGAAAUCCGUGCUUCGUGUUGGUGAUGCUUUGGAGUUGAGCUGUCGUGUGAAUGGUUGUCCGGUUAACGUGCACUUCACUUGGAGUACUACUUUGGACAGCUUUCACGGUGGAGCUGUGGAAGACAAUCAGACUAUUUCUCUGUUGGUUCUCAGCAACGUUUCAACCAAACACAGCGAUGGAAUCGUGUGCAAAGCUUGGUGCGGAGUAAUAAGGCGUGAAAAAACCUCUAUGAUCCAAGUGUAUUCAUUUCCAACAGAUCCUGUGAUUCCCAGAAUAAAACAUUUUACAGCAAACCAAGAACAAUCACUCACCUGCACAGUCCACAACAUUUACCCCUUGCACAUGUUUAUAAUUCAGUGGCUUCGUGGAAAUAAGACGAUUUAUACAGAUACACCUGUUAACAUAUCCAGCUAUGAAAAGGUUCAGAAUUAUUCCUCUGUGAUCAGUUACACUCCUUCUGUCGAUGAUCUGGGCAAGAAUUUGAGUUGCAAGGCAACACUCAAUCUAAGUCUUUCAGACAGACUGAGUCGUACAACAACUGCCGCAUAUGGACCUGGAACUAUGACCGUUUCCAGUAAUAAUCCUUUGGUACAGCUUGAGAAACAUUUAGAGAUUACAUGUCAUGCCGAUGGAAAUCCUCAACCAGGAAUCUUGUGGUGGAAAAUAGGGGAAAGCAUUCCUAUAGCUGAUGGGCAGAAGCUUGUAAUAAAUAACGCUUCCUUGAGUCAGGCAGGCUGGUACCAGUGUGAAGCAAGAAAUGUGGUGGGAAGCUUGAAAAUGCCAGUACAGGUCAUUGUUCAAGGUCCUCCAAACAUCCCCAAAAUCCAACUGAAGGAUGAUGUGGACCCCAUUGAAGGAGAAAACAUAACCAUACUCUGUUCUUCAGAGGAUGGGCCAACAACACUCAUACUAUCUAGAAAGAACCGGUCAGCAGAAGCUCGAAACAGCUCAGUUGUAUAUUUGAACAUACCGGAUGUCAAAAUAGAAGAUGCAGGGGUUUAUGUUUGUGAAGCAAAAAAUGACUUUUGGAUCAAGAGAAGCAUGAUCAACAUUACUGUUAAAGAACCACAUCACAUCUCGAUGACACCAGAUCUACCAACUAUCAUUGUGCCAGUUGCAGGUUCAGUGUCCCUCCUGACUGUCCUAGCUCUGCUUAUGCGAUACCUUAGAAAAGCCCAGAGAGACUCUACCAACAUAGGCAUGAACUAAACCAAUAAUCUUAUAACACUGACAGAAUCCAGCCUUCAAGCUCAAUGCAGCAUCAAGCUCUUCUGGGGAUUGUCUAUAAAAUAUCUCAUGAUCAGGUAUGAAUACAUUGCUGGACUGUUUUCAGUUAUUUCUGUGAACAUGUACAGUAAUAUGACUAAUUGCUUAGAUGACGGACUAAAAUGUUCAUGUAGCUUAGCAAAGGUUGUUGGUUCAAUUUAAAGGAAAACACACGUAUUAGUAAAAUGAAUCCCAUAUAAGCCUUAGAUAAAAUAGUCUGCCAAUGCAUAAAUGAUUUUACAGUAUACCAAGACUAAGUCUAUACAAUGUAACUUAAGUUUCAUUAUUUACUAUACAUUAAUAUAGGAUCUGAGUCAUAAACAUUUCUUAAUAAAAAUAUAUAACAUUA